AAUGAAUACGUUUUAUUUAACUUUAUGAAAACAUAAUCAUAAACCUAUAGAAUGAAAACAUUAUUAUCUUAAAAUAAUUUGUUUAAAAAUGAAUUAUAUUUAUUUACUUUAAAAUUGUAUUAACAUUUAUAUAAUUAAUAAUAACAAUUAAAGAAAAAACAAUCAUUACUACAGUAAAGUAACUUUUAGUACAAAUAUUGUAAUGCAGUCUUUACAGUUAAAAUAUUAUUCAAAACUUUCAAGAUUCUUAUCAAACACUCGCUCAUCUAGAACUGUACAUUUUAAUUCUCAUGAUAUAUUUUCUAAAGAAAAUUCUUUAAAAUCUGUGAAAUGUUUUAAGUCAUUAUGUCCUGAACUGAACACUGUUGGUAAACGUCAAGCUGCUGUUCUCAUCCCUUUGUGUAUUGUUAAAGAUGAAAUAUCAUUAUUAUAUACACUAAGGACAAAUAAUUUAAAAAGAAAUAGUGGCCAAGUAUCUUUCCCUGGUGGAAUGCGUGAAGCAGAUGAACAAUUAAAAGAUACAGCAUUACGAGAAACUUGUGAAGAACUUGGAAUAAGUAUAACUAGUAUUGAUAUUUGGGGAAGUGGUAGAUUUAUUGUUUCUAAAGACAUAGCAAUUAUGCCAUUUUUAGGAAAUAUUGGUGUUAUAGAACCAGACAAAUUAAACAUUUGCAGUGAAGAAGUACAACAUCAGUCAAACAAAAUAAUGAUGAUACCAGUAUACACAAAUGAUUAUAAAAAAAUAUGGGGUAUGACUGCUUAUUUGACUUGGAUAGUUUUAAGAUCCAUUAUACCAGAGAAUUUUCAUCAAAAAAUUAAUUUAUCAUUGAAUAGAAGAAAUUAAAAAGUGUAAUAAAUACUAUAUUAUCUAUUAGUUACCAUUUUAAAUCUUUUAUUAUAAUUUAGUAGUAAGAGAGUAAAAAUAAUGUAUUAAUUUAUUAUGUACCCUAUUUUUAGCAUGAUGUAUAAAUAUUUACUAGGUAAUUGAUUUAAUAUCUGUAAUUAUGAUUAUAAUUCACUUUAUAAGUAAACAAAUUGUGAUAAAAUAUUUUUAAGUGUAUUUUUGCAAUAUAUUUAUUAUAUAUUAAUAUUUUAAUAAAUUAAAUUAUUUUCAUUA